GUCUUGUUCCUGAUCAGCAAUGGCACAAAAGAAGAGCAUCGUCUUCUUCCACCCAGACUUGGGUAUAGGAGGUGCUGAGAGGUUAGUGAUAGAUGCUGCCGUCGGUCUCCAAGCGCGUGGCCACAAGGUUACCAUCUUCACAUCGCAUUGUGAUCCAGGACAUUGCUUUGAGGAAGCUCGUGAUGGAACGCUCGACGUUCGAGUGCGUGGCAAUUCGCUAGUCCCACCGACCAUCUUCGGUCGGUUCGCCAUUCUCUGCGCCAUUCUACGCCAGCUGCACCUUGUAUGCAUAGUCGCCUUGUGGAACUAUGAACUCGAUCACCUCAGACCAACGCAUUUCUUCGUUGACCAGUUGAGUGCAGCGGUACCACUCCUUCGAUUCCUGUAUACCGACGUCGGCAUCCUCUUCUACUGUCACUUCCCGGACCAAUUGCUCGCUCAGAAAGGAGAAGGCGCUAUAGCCAUCUUGAAGAAGGCUUACAGGAUACCUUUCAAUGCUAUUGAGAGCUGGAGCACAGCCUCCAGCCAUGGCAUUGUGGUCAACAGCAAAUUCACUGGUGGUAUGGUCAAGCGCGUCUUGUCCAAAUUGUCGCGCAGAGAUCUGAAGGUAGUCUAUCCUUGUGUGGAUAUCUCGACUGCUAGCCAGCUGCAGAGAAAAGCCAUGUGGUCAGGUCGAAAGGUCAUCCUGAGCAUCAAUCGCUUCGAGAAGAAGAAGGAUGUUGCUCUUGCUGUAAAGGCUUUCGCAAAGCUCGAUAGCUCAAUCCGCAAGUCUGCUCUGUUGGUCAUUGCUGGCGGUUACGAUUCCCGCGUCCCAGAGAACGUCAAUACCCACAGAGAGCUCGAACAGUUGGCCGAUUCACUCAAGCUCUCCCAUGAAACCCAUAAAUCGCUCCCUGACCCCUCAGUCGUCUCAGACAAGACGUCGGUCCUGUUCCUCUUAUCCGUUCCAGAUGUUUUGAAGCAAACUCUCCUAGCCUCUGCUGAAUUGCUUGUCUACACACCUCAAAACGAACACUUCGGCAUCGUGCCUCUCGAGGCCAUGCUUGCUCAAGUACCCGUGCUUGCUGCCAAUGAAGGUGGUCCUCUCGAAACCGUUGUUGAAGGAGAAACCGGCUGGCUGCGAGACAUUCGUAAACCCGACGAGUGGACUGCUGUCAUGUCGCGUGUUCUAUCUCCCUCAAAUCCUGCUGAGCUUCGUAGCAUGGGUGAAAACGGACGUAAGCGCGUGCAAGCAGAAUUCUCCAAAGAACAGAUGGCUCUUCGCCUCGACCAGUCAUUGGACGAAGUCUCAAAUCCGCACACGAAGCCCCAGAAGCCUCCUAUGAUACCUGGUUGGCUAUGGAUGGUCGUCAUAGUUUCUGGCGUUGCAGUUUCUCUAGCACUACUUUCCACGUGGCUGUUGUUUUUCCUUCUCGAGAACAAGACCAUGCUAAGUUCGGUACGAGCACACAGUGCUGGUAGAACGAUCACGGAGGAAAUCAUCUCUACCACUACUCAAGUAGUGAGAAAUGAGUUGUAAAAAGUAUGUUUAAGUUAAAAAUGCUAUAUUUGGACAUCCGCUAUUUUAUGUUCGCGUGAGGCCACUUUUCAAAUGCUCGUCGCCGAUGCAAUCGUGCAGUUGUGUAGCGCAAGAGAAUUUACAUCACCAUCAGUCAGAGUUCGUGGCCUGUCGUCUAAAAGCAGCAGCAACCACAAGAUCAAGUCGGCGCACAACUAGCACCGUAGCGAGGCACAAGGAGAUGAGAUGGUAACUGUCGAUAGUAAUCAACAUGCUUCCUCAAAGCGGUGUAAUUUUAUACAGUGAUACGGAUGUACUCAUGUGGUCAGCGGAGUCCACCUCUACUACCACCAGACAAGGGAUUCAUGACAGACAUGAGAAGAUACGUAUCUACCACCUCCACCAUAGCAGAU